GAGACUUCAUGGUCAACGAUUUUUAAAAUGAGGACAUAACCAUCGUAAAUCGCGUUGCUAUAUAGUGUGUCAUGGCACGAAGUUUUUGGCGCAGUUCAAACUAGUAAGUCUUGCUAUUCUCUGUUAGCUCAUCAGACUUAACUUUUUUAUUAUUGAGUAAUUAGCACAUUACCGCUUAUUUUCUGUAUUUGACUUAUUACAUACGUCAAAUCGGUAUAUCCUACUGCCUGACAACACUAUCUUUAACAGAUAUUUCUAGAUGAUAUAAGCUGCAUUUAAUGGAGAUGCAAAUAAGGAUACCAUGAGAAUGUCCAUUAAAAUCAGUGAUUGGUUAUUAGAGUGAAACUAAACGAAUCAUACUUCAUCGUUUGAAUGGAAGCUACUCUUUUAUAUGCUUCAACAGUUCUCAUUCGAUAAAUUUACAUUGGAUUAAGGGAGAAUGCAAACAAAAGCCCUUACACAUUGCUUACUUUCAACAACCACGUCUCCUAGUUGUACAUUGCAAAAUAGGUUAUAUAGAGAAGUUACCUAAUUACAGGAAAAGUAGUUUGUAUUCAUAUAUCGCUACACUUUUGUUUCAUAGUAUCUUCCCUAUUCAUACUUAUUCUUUAAUUUACAGUUUAGAGUGGUUAUUGGAUCGUCAAGAUGUAAUGAUACAUAGAGCGAAUGAUUUAAAAAUUCUUGGUAGCGAAGAAGAAUAUCAGAAAGUAAUGCUUUUCUUUACUGAUGGUAUGUUAUGCUUUAAACCUCAUAAAUUUCUGGCACCGUUAUCACCACUUUCAUUUUCAUUUAAAAAUUGUCUUUCCAUCUUUAUAGUCAUUCAAGCAUUUGGCAAAAGCGUUGAAGUCCGUCAACAAGUAAUUGCAACCGCUUUAGUAUAUUUCAAAAGAUUUUACAGUCGCAAUUCAUUUAAGACUAUCGACCCAUGGUUAAUGGCUCCAUCGUGUCUGUUUUUAGCAUCUAAAGUUGAGGAAUUCGGUGUAGUUUCUCAAAAAAAUCUAAUGACAUCAUGUCGUAAUGUGGUUCAUAGUCAUUAUUUAAUCUAUUUUCCUGAUGGUUACGGUUAUCCAUAUCGUGCUCAAGAUGUAUUGGAAUGUGAAUUUAUUUUACUUGAAGCAAUGGAUUGUUCAUUAGUCGUCUUUCAUCCUUAUCGUCCGUUGGUACAGUUUUGUGAUGAACUUCGCCCCCAAAUGCAUGAGUAUGCUGACUUACUGUUAGAGCGUGCUUGGUGGCUAGUAAAUGAUAGUUUUCGAACAGACGUGUGCCUGCAUUAUCCUCCCUAUAUAAUUGCUCUAGGUUGUCUACAACUGGCUGUUGUGAUUAUUUCAAGUAAUCCUGACCUAUUAAUCGGCUCCGUCAAUAUCAGUUCAUCAUCAUUUAUGAAUUCCAGUCUAUCUAUUUCAUCAAAUAAACAUGGUUAUUUUGGGCACCAAACCCAAUCAACUGUCAAUCCUUCAUUAGUUGCUGAUCGUUGGUUCAGUGAAUUAAAUGUAGAUAUGGAAAGAGUGUUGGAAAUUUCUCGUCAUCUACUUAGUUUGUAUGAUUUAUGGCGUCGUUUUGAUGAACUUGCUGAAAUGCCUAACAUAUUAUUAAAAAAACUUCCACGUCCUGUCAUUCAAUCGCCACAUACUUCACAAAAUUACCAAUCUGGCAAUUCUGUCAAUCCAACGGGUUGUAAUAGUACUUCUGCAACUCAAUCAUCUAAUCUACCUAGUGGGACGCAACAACAAACUCAUGGUGGAUCAAUGGUUGUUCCAUCGGGUACAGGUGCUGUUGGUACAGGAAGUAGUAGUGGUGCUACGGGGACUGUUGGUAGUAUACAUAAUAUGCCGGAUCACCAAACUCAACAACAACAAAGGUCAAUGACGUCAUCUAGCCAAUCACGUAUGCAUCCACAAGGUGGUGGAAUGCAGCAUAUGGGAGUCAGGUAGACGGAUAAGGACAAAGCGAUUAUGGCUGCAUAUCUGUACAAAACUUUGGCAGUAUAUACUUAUAUAUAUUCAGUUCUAUAUACACAAAUAAUAUAUAUUCCCUGGUUUACUUCUGCUGAAUGUAUUUGUGUGGGUUGACCAAAGCUUUCAGGUGUUAAUUUUGAACGAACGUGUCGUUUUAGCAAUGUAGCAGUAUAUCAGGUCAGCUGGAAUAAAUACUUUUCAGUAUAUGAUUGUGGAGAUUAUUGAAUUUCAUUGAAAACAUGAUCCGGAUUAAUUUAUUUUGUGUAUUCACUGAUUUUAACUACUUAUAAGUAGUAGGUUUAUCACUCGAAAAGGUUUCUUCGAUUUCAUCUAUAGUGGUAUGAGUUUUAAUGAAUACACAAUUACGAUGUCAAUUUGUGAUGAAUAAUUUAUGAUUUCGCUAAAAAACAAAGUCUAGCCAUCAUAUCAAGGUUGAUAAAUGUCUGCCAAUGAAUAAGCAUUUUUUAACCAGAAAAAAACAGGAUUUUCCAUAACCUUCAAGUUUUAUAUUACGGUGUAACUUGUCCUAAUUUGGGUUAGUUAACCAGAUAUACUUACCUUAACCAGUGUGUUGCUGUUUUCACAUUGAACUAUUCGAGUUUAUUUAUCAUUGCCUUAAACACCAAGAUAUUAUUGUAUUAAGAUACAUAAUUAUGUUGAACCAUCAACGAGAAUGAUAAUUAUUGCUAACAGUAAAGUUUUGUACUUUCCUGUUGUUGAUAUUAAAGACUUUGAUGAUGGUGAUGAUGUAUCCAUAUGAUGAGUUUUAAGUAGAAUGGAAUGCAUUUUUUAAAAUUUCACUUUUAAACACUCUUUAAAAACCUACAAACAACUUGUAGUAAAGUUCGGUACUUAUUGAAGGAUUUCAUAAUAACAAACAGAAACUGAUUAAAUCUGAUCAUGAAUAUAUCAAAAACAGAUAAAUAACAUAAUUUACAUACACCAGUGCUAUAGAAUGUUUUCUUUUCUUUUUCUAAAAAGGCUGAUAUUAACUACACAUAAUACAAUAUACAGUUUACUGCUUAAAAAAAAUAACUAAAUUUGGUUUACUUUCGUGAGAUAAUGUUAAAUGGUAUGUGAAAAGAAGUGUAUUUAUUUAGCAUACAAUGA